AUGGAUCGUGUUCCACUACCUUUUGUGUCGCUCUUCGAGCUUCUUGAGGAUCUUGUUCCUAAGGGAGUCGAUUGGACUUUUUCACCCUCGUUGGUUGAUGCUAACACCACCCAUUCUUCAAUCAGAGAUGUCGCCUCCUCGCCGCCUAGUACCAACAACAGCAGCAGCUUGAUUUCCGCCGCCGCCACUGCUGGGGGUGUUAAGGGGAAGAAGAAAACUGGUGGAGCGAGGCUAUGGAUGAGAUUCGAUCGCUCGGGGCAAUCGGAGCUCAUCGAGUGCGACAAGAAUACCAUAAUCCGCCGCGCCUCCAUUCCCCCUCGCGACUUGAGGAUUCUUGGACCUCUCUUUUCUCAUUCCUCUAACAUCCUUGUUGGUUAUGAUAAAUUGUAUAAGUAUAUUUGCUAUAUUUGUCUUGCAACAAGAGAGAAGGCCAUGUUGGUUAAUUUAGAAUUUAUUAAGGCAAUAGUUACAGCUGAAGAGGUGUUGUUGCUUGACCCUCUUCGCCAGGAAGUUCUUCCGUUUGUGGAUCAACUCAGGCAACAACUUCCUAAUAAAGGUCCAUUUCAGAUUAAUGGAGCAGCAGGUCCUUUUGAGGAACAAGAAAAUGAAAUGAAUGAUUUAACAAGUAGACAUUGGUUACCUGUUCCAGAGGCUGUUGAAGGUCUGCAAUGUGAGCUUCCAUUUGAGUUUCAAUUUCUUGAGAUUGCAUUAGAUGUUGUUUGUACGUUCUUGGAUUCCAGUGUGGCGGACCUCGAGAGAGAAGCUUGCCCUGUUUUGGAUGAACUGGCAAGGAAUGUAAGGUUUGACUGA